AUGCUUUAUUCUGAUAUAAAUAACCAUUAUUUGACGACAAAUCAAAAACAACAAUCUACAAACAGAGUACAAGAACCUGAACUUGAACGCCGUAACCAGCAAACACCAUCAACCUUUCAACAACCUAAUUAUAAUGUAUUAAGCGAUACUACAACAAGUCAUAACAAUUUGUCAGCAUACCCUAAUAUGGAAGAAGGUUAUGAUUCCAAACUGAAGGAAAUUGAAGACUAUUAUACAAAGACGUUAUUAAACGAUAAUGAAGAAGAUAUUAACGCGUAUUCAGCUCAACUUAAUGAGAAUAAUAGAAGCGCAACUGGGAAUGAAAGUAAUUCUUUUCAUUUACAUUAUCCGCAACAGCGACAGGUUGAUCACCGUAACAUGAUUAAGAUGGAGUCUAUUUCAUCCCCUGCCCCAUUGCAAACAUCAGGGUCAAGUUCAUUAUUUAAGAGUUUUCUUACUACUAAUAAUCAAGAGUCAAUUUAUCAUCCGCUUCAGCAUACCAAACCUCUCCAUGAUAAGAAAUUAGAAGUGGAAAUUAAUUCAAAUUUUGUUCCAGUUUCAUCUACAACAUCGACGAAUUUGUCAUCAACUACUGAACAUCUACAAAAAUUAUCAAUUACUCAACCGCCAUCAUCAUCUAUUUUUAAUCAACAACUAUUAAAACCAACGACCACACCGUUAUAUGCGGAAAACAACAUGGAUUCCAUGCAUUCAGACAUAGACAUGACGAAUUUAUUGCCUCAAUCUACAAAACCACUGUCUUCAUCAUUAUCAAGAACGACAGUAUCACUUUCUCCCCCUCCAUCAUCACAAAUAUUAUCUCCUUAUCAACAGCAACAACAACAAAUCAAUAAACAAUUGUACAAAACUGAACUAUGUGAGUCCUUUACUACAAAGGGCACUUGUAAAUACGGUAACAAAUGUCAAUUUGCCCACGGUCUCCAUGAAUUGAAAUUAAAGCAAAGAUCGAAUAAUUUUAGAACAAAACCAUGUGUAAAUUGGGCAAAAUUAGGAUAUUGUCCCUAUGGGAAACGUUGUUGCUUCAAACAUGGUGAUGAUAGAGAUAUCCAACUUUACGUGAAAGCUGGUGCAUUGGUUUCUAAUAUGAAUACUAACAGUAGUAAUGAUGAGAAUGAUGAGUCGACCCGAUCAAGUUCGAUGCAACAAAAUACCUCUUAUUAUAAACCAAAGAAUUUGCAUGCUAGCGUCAAAGAAUUGCAAAGAAUAACCUGGUAA